GGCGUUUCCGGUUUGGGAGACCGGCGCGUGUGUGAGUGAGUGAGAGGGAGAGAGAGAGACGCGCGCACUCGGGGCAUCGCAGAGAGUAACAGACAGAGUGAUGACCGUUUGUGCGCCCAGUAGCCGAUGAACAGAAAAUGGCCAAAGGAAAGUCCAGCAGCAGUGCAGUGCCAGAGGCUAAGCCGCGCAAACCCAAAAAAUCAAAAAAAAAGAAGUUUUGGGUAAAUAAUACAGGUGUGACCAAAAAGAAGAGUGGUGUAGAGGUGCCUCUGCCUCCCAAAGGAGCUCUGGAAUACUCCACCAACUGGAAGAAACUUCAGCAGCUGAUGAAUGAGAAGACGGCUGCUCAGAACUCAACUCCAGAGACGCAGAAAGUUCUAGAAAAGAAGUCCAAGCUCCGUGUGGACUUGGCUGCGGAGGAGACUCCUUCACGCAAGGUGAAACCAAAGUCAGCCACAGAAGAGAAACGCCAAGCAGCUAAUGGCGCGCUGAGGGAGCCGGUGAAGGAGAAUGGAACUCAGGCCACUAAACCCGUCGCCAAAGGGAAGCGGCAAAAAGGACGCCAGCCUCCAGAGGAAAACCACAUCAAAGACAAGAAACGAAAAAGAGAGAGUGAGAAACGAACAGGCUCGGCCGCUCCAGUUCUUGCCACGCCUGACAUCUGGUUUGACGACGUGGAUCCUGACGAAAUCGAAGCUGCCAUGGGGCAGCAGGCAGGGCUUGUGGCCCGGCAGCAGGUGGGCUACGCACCAAAGGCCGCGGUGCACCCUGUCCAGGAGACCCUGGUUAAAGAUGGAGGCUUCACUGGACUGACAAAAGCCGUGGCAAUGGACUGUGAGAUGGUGGGAGUGGGGCCUGACGGUGUGGAGAGCAUCCUGGCUCGGGUUUCUAUCGUCAACCAUUUUGGGAAAUGUGUUUAUGACAAAUACGUUAAACCAACCGAGAAAGUAACAGAUUACCGGACGCCAGUCAGCGGGAUCCGACCCCACGAUAUGAAGAACGGUGAGGAGUUUAAGGUGGUGCAGAAGGAGGUGGCAGAUUUGCUGAGCGAACGGAUGUUGGUUGGCCACGCGAUACAUAAUGAUCUGAAGAUCUUAUUCCUUGAUCACCCAAAAAGGAAAAUCAGAGACACACAGAAGUACAAACCUUUCAGAAAAAUAGUUAACUCGGGCCGCCCCUCUCUGAAGCUCCUGUGUAGGGACAUCCUCAACAUUAGGGUCCAGGAAUCUGAGCAUUGCUCUGUACAGGAUGCCCAGGCUGCAAUGAGACUAUACACCUUGGUGAAGAAGCAGUGGGAGGCAGAGCUUAAAGAAAAAAGAGCAGUGAAAAGAAACCCAACCACCGAGUCAGUAGUUCAGAACAGCUAGCGGGAACCCGAUCAACCUCCCAGCGAGGCGAAGGCUGGCCAAGAACUAGACUGCCUUCCUGCGACUCUGGCUCCCAGCACCUCAAGCCACGGGACAUUGUUUGCUAGCAGCUUUCAUAUUUGUUUAUUAAAUAAAAACCACAACCACCAAACUGGCUUAAAGCGGGCAGGGUGGCUUAACGGCUCGUCAGAUAUCUCGGAGACGCUGGUGGACAAGGCUGAGCAGCCCAUGGUUUGGUCUUGGCCAGUGGACCAGGAGACGUGUUGGGAAUGUGAAGCGGGCAGACUGAGCCCUGGGGGGCAGUGCAGCACCCAUGAAAUCCUUCAGGUCUGAUGUUUUGCGCUGUGACGAGUAUGUGCCCGCGUGCAUCUGUCACUGGUGGCGUUUAUUUUCCCCAUUGUGUUCCUAGUUGAUGUUAACGGACAAUACCGCUCACUGCUGUGCGAGACACGAUCAGGCAGACCGCAGUGGGAAGCGAGUUCAGAACAGCAGUGGUCCCAGUCCUACCGGGGGGCAGGGAAUGUUUGUUGAAACAAUAACAUUUCUGUCUUGCACACAAGAGAAAUGACUUAUCUGUUUAAUAAAAGCACAUUUUAGUGUUAAGAGAGUCA